AUGACUAGCGGAUUAAAAGACAAUGGAGGCGCUGGACCGCCAAUACUCUUAUUACCAACAGGUGAACAACAGGUUGUUGUCGCUUGUCGUAUUCGCCCAAUGACAGAAGAAGAAGAAAUGGAAGGAGCUACAAAUAUUGCUCAUAAAGUAGCUGAUGAUAAUAUGGUUGUUUUACUCGAUCCUGAAGAAGAUCAUGAUAAUGCUUUGCGUGCCAAUCGAUCUCGUGAACGUAAAUAUGUUUUUGAUGUUGUUUCCGAUGCUCGUGCUGAUCAACAUGAAGUUUAUAGUUCAUCAUCUAAGUUAUUAUUAAGCAGUGUACUAGAAGGUUAUAAUGCUACUGUAUUUGCUUAUGGUGCAACAGGAGCUGGAAAAACAUAUACCAUGUUAGGCACAGAAAAUAAUCCAGGUGUUAUGUAUCGUACAUUGCAUGAUUUAUUUGUUGAAAUUAAAAAAUUUGAAGGAAAACGUGAAUAUCAAGUGACAAUGUCUUAUUUAGAAAUAUAUAAUGAAUUAAUACGUGAUUUACUUGCACCAGCAUCAUCAUUUCUUGAAUUACGUGAAGAUGCUAAAGGUACAAUACAAGUUGCUGGUCUUAGUGAAAUUAUUGCUAAAACUCCUGAAGAAGUUAUGGAUAUGUUACAUAAAGGAAAUCGUGCGCGUACACAAGAACCAACAAAAGCUAAUAAAACAUCAUCAAGAUCACAUGCUGUUUUACAAGUUAAUAUAAAACAACGUGAUAUCAAUAGAUCACAUACAGAUCAAGUUCGAUUUGCAAAACUUUAUAUGAUUGAUUUAGCUGGAUCGGAACGAGCAGCACAAACUCAAAAUACAGGAAAACGAAUGAUAGAAGGUGCUCAUAUUAAUCGAUCAUUGCUUGCUUUGGGAAAUUGUAUUAAUGCAUUAAGUGAAAAAGGAAAUACAAAAUAUGUUAAUUAUCGUGAUAGUAAAUUAACUAGAAUAUUAAAAGAUUCUCUUGGAGGAAAUUCACGUACCCUUAUGAUUGCACAUAUUUCACCAGCAUCAAUACAUUUUGAAGAAUCACGAAAUACAUUAAAUUAUGCUGAUCGAGCAAAAUAUAUAAAAACAAAAGUUCGAAGAAAUGUAGUCGAUGUAUCAUAUCAUAUAGCACAAUAUAAACAAAUAAUACAAGAUCUACGAAAUCAAGUUCAGCUGUUACGUGAACAAAGAGAUGACCUUGAAAUGCGUUUAACAACAACAAAUGAACCUCGAUUUAGUCGACUUGGAAAUAAUAGCACAACAGAACGUCUUCGUGUGGAAGAAGGUUUAAAAUUAAAAGAAAAUAUUAUACAAUCAUAUCGUAAACAAAUCGAUGCUCGACGAGCAUUACUUGAAAUUGAUACUGGACUUAUGGAUGUUAUACAUGAAUAUAAAAGAAAUGAAUCCGUUAUUGAACAUAAUGUAUCCAAUGAAGAGAGUAGUCCACGUAAUAAUAAUAAAAAAUCUUCGGAUGAACUACUGAAUGAUACAAAUUCACCAGAUACUGCUAAACAAAGAGCACGUGCAGAAUUACGAGUCUUAGAACAAGAACGUGGAAAAUUAGAAAAACAACGUAAAAUACAAUUACAAGAAUUUGAAACAUCAAAAAAAGAAUCACGUCGAUUACUUGAAAAAGUAACAAAAAAAAUGAAUACUACUGAACAACGUGAAUUAUUAAGAUUAUUAACAGAAAAUUUUGAAUAUGAAAUGAAAACUAUUGAAUUACAAGCUGAAAUAUUUACUCGAGAUUAUUCAAUUAAACAUAAAGAUUUACAAUUAUUACGUAUGUCACAACAUCGUAGUUUAUGUGAUACAAUUAUUUAUCAACAGAGAAGACUUAUUCAUGACAACAGAAUAUUGGUACCAACAGAUCUUGAAGAAUUGUAUCAAUUAUAUUCUAAAGAUAUUGAUGAAGGUCAACUUAUUCAAGAUCUUAAAAGUUAUUCACCACGUUUAGUAGCUGCUAAUUAUAAUGGUGGUAAACCUUCUGGAUCAGCAACAUUUCCAUUUCUUUCUCAAAUUGCUGAAGAAGAUUUAACAAGUGCAUCAACAUCUGUAACUAGUUUUCAUUUACCAAAUGCAAAUUCUCGACGUUUUAAUAAUCAAACAACAUUACCUCCACAUCGUACAUUAUCAGAUCAAGAUCUAUUUACUCAUGUCAAUGAUGAUUCAACAAAUAAUACUGAUGUCGGACAUGAUUUAAUGUCAGCAACAAAUAAACCAGUAUCAUAUUCACAUUUUAAUUUUGAUCAUGCAUCAAAACAAUUAACUAAAGGAAAUUCUAUGGGUAGUAUAAGUUCAGAAAGUGUUGAUGUAUCAUUAAAUAAUGGUGAUACACGUCGAAAAGGACAUACAACUUCACCACCAAUUGACUGGCCAUCUGCAUCAUCUCCGGCAUUUCGAAAUAAUACUGGCAAAGAUAAACUUGACGUUAGAAAACAAACACAAGAUAUAGCUGCACGUGCUGCUCAACGAAGAGCGAAUCUUCAUCAUAAAGAACUAAUGAAUGAUAUAGGACCAGUCCUUUCUUCUGAUCCUAUUAUUACAAAGGAAAAUAGUUCCAAUGCACUUGGUCUUGAAGCCAAUGGCGCUAAACCAAAAAAGACAGUUACAAUCAAUGAUUCUGGAAUACCUCGACCUCGAGGAAAUGAAUUUCGUCGUACAAAUUCUGAUUCACCUGAUCUUACUGCUCAUGACACAUCAGCAAAUGAAUUUGAUCCAUUCUAUUCAACAGCAUAUAACCGCGGUUCAAAGAAUUCUAACAAAAAACGAUCAAUCUCUCAUGGUUCAUCGUCGAAUAAUCGUUCAAGUGGACCAGUUGCAAACGUUGUCAUUCCUCGAGAUUAUUAA